CAUACCGUGAGUUGAUCCAAUAUGGCGGACAGAAAAGCGUUUGCUGUUGCUGAUUAUACUUCUUAGAAAAAGGCGUCAAAGACAACUCCCAAAACGGAAAACCAAACGUUUUUGGAUUAGAGAAUUACUGAACGAAAGUAAAAACCAGGGGGACUAUCACAAUCUCGUAAAAGAGAUGAGACUUGGGGACAGGGAGUUGUUCUUUAGCUUAGUUAUUACAUUAAUGACUAAACCAAACUAUUUAGCAUUGCUAAAAACUUGGAAGCGAUUCAGAUGCACUGAGUGAAGGUUUUAUUUUUAUAUACAGUAAGAAACACAAUUCGUAGCGGGCUUCAAACUCGCUCUACUGACAUUCUAUCGGCAAAAUUGAAAUAAAGGAAGACUCAAACACAAUAUUAAAAGGUCUAAAGUUUUAUUUUUCACGAUAAAGUAUUUUUUCGCUAACAUAUAAAUUCACCCAUGCAUUCCUUUAUAAACCACUGACAGUAGCCUUGAGCUGCCUUUGGAAAGAUGAAGGUCGAAGAAGGCCGGGAUUUCAUUGGCCAGUUUAGUCACAUGACAUGAAUAAUCAAUUUGCUGUCCUUUUAUCUUCCUUGUGUUUCGUUUUCACUUCACACAGCACAAUCGCAAGCACAAGAAAAAGGAAAAUUUUGAUACCUUGCGCUUAUUGCUGCGUCGACUGUUUUUCACGGCUAAAUAUCUCCCUUGGGCUUGCGUUUGCGCUUAUGCUUGCGUCACUAGUGAAGACUAGGCUUUAGGUUCUAGGAUCACCGCGGUAACCCGAACGCAUCUCUUUCGAUUUUGUCGUCCUAGCCGUCGUCGUCGUCCUUGCUUAAGAUCCCUUAUAUGUUUUUUUAUCACAAGGACGCAACGGGACAAAGAUAGUGUGAAUUUUUAUUGUCGUGACAAUAAAAAUAAUUUUUAUUGUCACGCAAAUGCUGGGUCAUUAUAGCAUGGCGCUAAUGAACUGUGACAAUGCGCUUUGCAUUUGCAUAACAUUGCUAAACAUCUCUAUGUCUAAAAUAUCUUUUCCGCUUAGCUAUAAUGAUGGCAAGAUAUCACAAACAGAAUUCCAAAAGAAGUGUUUAUUUAAAGUGAACCCACUUCUUUUACUGCUGAAGUAAACAUGGCGUAAAUUUCGCGCUGAAAACCUCGCGGGCAUUGACCCAUACGAAUUCCAGACAAUAGGCCUAUUUGCGUAGGGGAACCGCGCCUCCAAUCUUUUGUUUCCUUACCACAAACAAUAAAUAUUGAAAGAUUUGAUGGAUAUUACAACCCCAUAGGCCUUGUCGUCUGUCGUUUGCCCCUGACAGUGAAUCUGUUAUGUGACAUCGCUCCCUUUAUCUGAUCAGUGAUUUUCCUCUCAUGUUGAUGGAGCUGAGAGAAUACAACACAGGUGUUCAACAAACAGAAUCCGAGCUCGUAAAACACACACGGACAAGCGUGUGCUGAACACACUUGUCGCCAAUCAACUGCUAUCCGCUGUGGUUUUGACACGUCGCUCUCGCAUUCAGACACCACUUCGUCGCCAGAUUCUUGUGAGGUCACCGGCUCCGUGGUUUUGCUGCGAGCGCUCUGUGAUCGUCUGUAUCGUGUGCGCGGUUAGUUAGUUGUCCAUUCUCGAGAGGGCUUUGCUAAAUCCAGUAUCGAUGUUUAAGUAGCACCUGGGCACACGGGGGUGAAAUACUUCAGAUAGCAUGACUUCUUAAUGCCGUAGGACUACCGUGAGCUCCCUGAAUAUCAGGCUCAGGUUUCGAAAGAAGCGUGAUUUGUGGAAAGGCUCCACCGGCGUGCGUCACUUGUACUCAAGAUCUGACUGCUCAACACAGUACAUCAACAACAACCUCAGGCUAGGGAGCAGUGCGCGACAUUUUUAGCGUUGUCAACUCGGAUUUUACGAUACAAAUCCAAGUGAAUAGCUGACAAAAUGGAUUAUGAUUCAGAACAGAACUCUGUUAUUGGCCUAGGAAAUUCAACCUCGUCGAUAAAUUCAUUGAAAGAUGUCAGAAGAUACGAAAAGCGGACACUAGCGUGCCCUAGUGGCUGUGGAAUUCACCUUCACCUCAACGAGAUUCCUUCGCACGACUGCAUUCGCGACCUCAAACAGAAGGUACAAGGCAUGGAGGAAAAUCUGGCGGAGCUCGAGAGCCGAGUGGCAGAGAUGUUGGCAAUAGAAGCUUAUUACAAGGACAAACUUACGACGCAGGAAGGGAAAAUGGAGGAAAUGACAAUUGAAAUCAAAGAUCUCGUGUUGGAAAGAUCUCGUCGGGAUGAGAUCUUCUCGAGUAAGGAGACGUUUUACAAGGAGCAGAACGCGGCGCUGAAGGAGCAGGUUGCGAAGCUGGAAAAGCGUAUGCAUGGUUUACCACGGCGUCCUUCUAAUGAGAGGGUUAAUGAAGACGAGUAUGAAGCAGUGCAACGGGUCGAGCGUGACUGGGCGAUUAGAUACGACAAGCUGCUAGCGGAGAAGAUAGCUCUGGAAACUCUCUUCCAUCGUAAAGAGAGAGAAUUCGCACAGGAAAUCGCUGUGAUGAAAGAGGAAGUGAAAGCUCUUCGCGAUAGUUUGAGAUUGGAACGCGAUGUUAUGGCGCUGGAAUACGACCAAGCGAACUUUGACAAGCUACAAGAGCUUAUAGACCAGCUAGAAGAUGUUGUUAAAAGGAAGAAAGAAGCGGUAUAUGGGAUGGAGCAUGACUAUAACCAGACAGACGAGGAUUACAUCUCUGAAGACUUGGAAGAUAUGAAGAUCUUGAACAAUAACAAUGUAAUAAAACACGGUUUUAAUACGUCCACCAUGGGGAGUUCGGAGCUUGAAAUCACCAACAGUGCGUGAAUUAAGGUGGCCACGGAGAGUUUGUAGGCUCGUCUAGGCCUUGUUUUUGCCGUAAUACCCGCUUGAUUCCCCUAUUUUAGGAACAGAUGGGAAGCAAAGAGUCCUGUCCGAUAAUGUACUCAUUAUCCCGUCUGGAAUGAAUCAACGUGAUUAUUCGUGACAGGAAAUUAGAACAAAUUGCUCAGUGAGAUACACGAGAAUUGUAUAGAUGUAUAAAGUUUUAGGAUAUUUUAAAUUUGAGUUUGGAUUAAGGCACGAUAAAUCUUCUAGGAAAUUUGCGCGGAUGAUCUUUUCAUUAGGAUAAACAAAUUACAGUAAAUAUUUGCUAUUUGCAUUGAGGGGAAAUUGCUUGUUGAGAUAGAUAUGGAAUGUUUGCAUAGUGUUAAUCAGUUUAGCACGGUACGGUGGCUGUGGUCUCCAGUGCCGCCGCAAUGUUUGUUUACCAUCAAAUACCAUUAUCGAAAAGUGUUUUGCAUCACGUAUUGAAGAAACCUUUCCUAUGGAAAACAUAGUUGAAUAAAUUUUCCACACAUUGAAUACUUGAGAUCAUUUGAUGGUUGAUCUAUGAUCUCCUUAGAACCUUCACAUUUUCGAUAUUAAAAUUCUGUUUUUUAUUUAUUUUUUAAGUAGAAUAAUUGCACUAGGUUUUUACUUUUUUUCUUUAAAGGCAAACUGUGACGUGAAAGCAAAGGAACAGUACACUAUAAAUCAUGUCAAGUCGAAUCUGCAUAGUUUCUAUACUUUGAACUGGGACGGCUGAGAUCAGUCGCGCCAAGCGCCCAUUAAAACCUGGUGUUUAACAAAAAUAGCAUUUCGACACGAGAAGCGGAUACUAACAUGGCUACAGAGUUUAACUUCGGCUUAAAGGGAACCCUUUAAACGGCUGCAUUUGCAUCACGGCAUACACCAUGGCCGACGAAAAUCUUGCUGAGCUCGAAGGCCGUUUGUCCAAGAUGGUUGCAAAGGUGGACAAAUUAGCUUCACAAGAAAGCAAAAUGGAGAUAAUGGCUUUAAAAAUUAAAUAUCUUGUGUUGGACAGAUCCCACCGGCAUGAGAUUCUCUCGGAUAUAGAGACGUUUUACAAAGAACGAAACGCGGCGCUUAAGAAACAGGUGGCGAGGUUGGAGAAAGCUGAUGAGUCAGAGUCGCGAAACUGGGUGAUUAGAUAUGACAAGCUUCUAGCGGAGAAAAAAGCUCUGGAGACUCAGUUUCAUCAGAGGGAGAAAGAAUUCGCCCAGGAAAUUGCGUCACUACAAGAAGAAAAUAAAGAACUUAAACAUAGCUUGAGAUUAGAACGCGAGGCUUUGUCGCUGGAAUACGACCAUGCAAACUUUGACAAGCUACAAAAGCUUAUAGAUGAGCUAGAAGAUGUGGUAAAAAGGAAGAAAGAAGCGAUAUAUGGAAUGGAGCUCGACAAACUACAAGAGUUAAUAGAUCAACUAGAGGAGGCGGUAAAGACGAAGGAAGACAAGGUAUAUGGAUAUGAGCAGGUUAGCCAGCGUGACGAGGAUUACACCUCGAAGGACAUAAACAACAAUAAUAACAUUAAUAAUAAUAGAAGGGAAAUACGCUCGAAAUUGACGGCUAUGGAAAGGAAAAGAUACCCGAGAUACGUAACCGAGUUAAAGAUCGAACUAUGAGGUUAUUCGAAGAGUCUUUGUCAACCGCUAUAAUACAUCCUAAAAAAAUAUAAUUUGUUAAAAAGCA